AAGUAAUCCUCAGCUUUGUUUUUACAUAGAUAGUUUCCUGAACUACUAAUAACAAGUGAAUAUCUUCCAUAAAUAAGAUUAAUAAGACGUACUUCCUUCAUAAUGGGCAACGUCAGACAAAGAAGACCUAUACACACCCCACAAGAUGAUCAAGUGGAAGAUGAAGACGAAAGGAGGAGCCGCGACUCUGGAUUCUGGACACAUGCAGCCUUUGUUGGAUUGUUAACAGCCCUGAUUCUUACUCCUUUAAUAUUGAUUAUCAUACCAUCACCAAUUGAACCUGUGAGUUACAGUUUUAAGCCAAGACCAGAACUAGUAGGACCACUUGAACCGAACAACCACUUACAGAAAUCAGAACAAAUCUAUGAUGGUCAAGUUUUAGGACCAGAAUCUAUAGUUGUUGAAGGAGAACAUAUUUAUACUGGCACUAUGGAUGGUAAAAUUCUUCAUAUCUACAGAGGACAAGUUCAGGUUCUAGCAAAGUUUGGAAAAGAACCAUGUGGGGGUUUUGAUAAUGAGCCAACUUGUGGUAGACCACUAGGAAUGAGAUUAGAUAAGAAUGGCUACCUCUAUGUUAUAGACACAUACCUGGGAUUGUAUCAGGUCAAUGUUGCUACUGGAGACUUUGUUUUGUUAUGGCCAACCACUGCUGAGAUAAAUGGUAAGGUACCAAAGUUCCUGAAUGAUUUAACAAUAGCUAGUGAUGGCAUGAUAUAUAUGACAGAUUCAAGUACAAAAUGGGACAGACGUCAUAACAGAUAUUGCAUCUUUGAAGGAGAAGCCUCAGGAAGACUAAUAUCAUACAAUCCUAAUACCAAUACCACCAAAGAGCUUGCAUCAGGAUUAGUGUUUGCCAAUGGUGUACAGAUUUCUAGAAAUGAAGAAUAUUUACUGAUCUGUGAAACAACAUGGGCAAGAAUAUUUAAGUACCAUCUGAAGGGACCUAAGAAAGGGACAAUGGAAGUAUUUAUGGACAAUCUUCCAGGAUUGCCAGACAAUAUCAGACUCAGUAGUGGUGGUGGAUAUUGGAUUGGAAUAGCUACAUUGAGGAGUAAAGUCUAUGAAUUCAUGGCCAAUAAACCUUGGUUAAGAAAACUGAUUGCAAAGAUUAUUUCACAAGAAACCAUAAUAAAGUUUGUACCAAAAUAUGGAUUAAUAUUAGAAAUCAAUUCAGAAGGGGAGAUAACUAGAAGCUUACACGACCCUUCAGCAACAAAAGUUCCCAGUGUCAGUGAAGUGGAAGAUAAAGAUGGUGUAUUGUAUUUGGGGAGUUAUUUCUUACCGCACAUGUCAAGGUUAUAUCUAGGGAGGCUGAAAAGUUGAUCUCUGCAAGAUAAUGUUCAGAAUAUCUAGAUAGACUUCAGCGAGUGAAGAAUACUAAGUUGUUGUUACUUAAAUUUACAUUCCUUGAUUCUGCAUUUUGAAUUUUUGAAAUGUAAAUUUGUAUGAUCAGAGAAAUGGUUAAUUUGCUGAGAAAGGAGACAUAUCAAAUGUAAACCUGUAUCCAUAAUGAUAUAGGGUUAUUGUAUAGCAAUAUAAUAUUUGAAAGUAAAAUUUAGUUUAAACUAAGAUUUUGUCAUUGAUGACGUCAUGAAUUUUGAAGAUUCAUUGCACUAGUGCAAUAUUAGAAUUUAUGCAAGCUUACUUUUGGUUACUUUCUGUGGAAAAUAUUAUAUUGCUAUGCAAUAAAUACAAAAUAUUGCAUUUUUAUAUUCAUAUAUAUUUGUUUUGAAACCAUUAUUGCAAUUCCAUUGUUGUCAAAUGAAUAUAAAUGUUUGUAGCAGGUGCUUAGUUUAUUUAUUUAUUCAUAUUUUUAUAAUCGUAGCCGAGUAAACAGAAGAUAUAAAUAUAAUACAAGUUUUAAUUUGUUCCAAUUCUUUAUUUCCAAGUUCUUAUCAAUUUAUUUUUGAAACAUUCAUGGAUAACCCACAAUCAUUUUGUUAAUUUUAAAAAUUAUGCCCACAUGCAUCCUAAUUAGAAUUGAAAUUUAAGGUUCAAAAAGACAUUAAUGAAUUUGUAGGUUUUUUUAAGCGCUUUAAAAAAGCCAUAUCUACAAUAAAUAUCAACUUUAUGAAAACAUUCAAAAUCAGUUUGCAAGGAUUAUUAUGAAUAGUUUAGAUAAAGUAUUGUAGUUUGUGGAAGAAAUGAAAUGUAUUGGUUUGGCUUUAUGUAUAAAGUUAGUGAUGUGGAAAUCUUUGAACAUUAUCAGCUGAUUUAUACUUUUGUUUUUUUUCUUUCUCUCAGAUCUUUAUUGACCAAGUUUCAGUUUGACAUUGAAUUUCAUGUGUCAUUCAAGGCAAGAGAAAGGUGACCAUACCUAAAAAUCAACAAAAACGUUCUAUCAUUUAAAAGUGAUUAGAGAAAGAGAUGCACCUCAUGAAAUGUAAUGUUUCUCCUCUCUUAUAAGUAACUUGAAUAUUAAGUUUCACUAGAUGCAAUGAUAAAAUCUAUGUAAUUUGUAUGUUUGAUUUCAAUGCAAAAAUAAGUAUUUUCUUUAUGUCCUUUAUAAAGCAUUUAUUAAUGAAUUGGGCAUUUCAUUUUAAUUUAUGUUUUUUUUAAUUUACUUUGUUUACUGGAUAUAUAGUGUUCAGAUUGUCUAUUCAAUGUUGUAUCAUGCACUUACUGUCAAUAACAAAUUCCUCUAUAACUGUGCAGGAAGCAAAAAAAAAUCAUUUAUAUUGUAAGUAGAUUUAAAGAGUUAUACCCCUGUACACCACAACGUAAAAUUUGCACAGUCCAUUUAAUUCUGGCCAAAGAACAUAAAACAAAACUAAGUGUAUUUCUUUGUCAAAAUAAGUGUAAAUUAGAAAUACACUAAACAAACUUAAAAGGAUUCAAAUAUGUAACACAUUGCUUAAGGAAAAAAAUAUGUCAAACUCUGAAAAAAAUAUAUGAAUAUUAAGGCAAAGCUUUGUUUUAAAUUUUUCUUUAAUGCGACAGAUUCUGAUAGUCAUUUUAUUAUCUUUGAUCACAAAUGACAGAAUGUUGCUUGUGUCUAAACAAAAAUCAUCAAAUUUUAAGGGAUAUAUCAUAUAAGUAAUUUAUGUAUGUAUCUUUUUAUUUUCAAAUGGGGGAAAUUUAUUUGAUUCUAUCUUAUGGUAAUCCAAAGGUUAAACUUUCCUUUAUAAGGGGAGAUAACUCAAGAAUAUUUUGUUGUAUAAUAUUAUGUACUGAAUUCAAAAAUUUUCUUACCCAACAAGAAAACAAGUAUAAUGUCCCCAUAAUUGCUUUUGUUAUCUGAAAGCUUGUUUUAGAGCUAUCUUUAAAUAUUUGAUGUUUCUAGCAUUUAGUGUACUAGUAAAAGAAUAGUUCUUUUUCCAUGUAUAGACGUUUAUAAUAUAAAAAUUUUGCAGUCUGAACUUAGAAAUAAGCAUGGUGAUCUUUAUCGCAUAUGAUUGAUUUUGGAAUAAAUGCAAAAAAAAUUUGGUUUUGGCAAAGCAUAGAAAAUUCCAUCAUUUUAUUUUUUUAUCCUUUAAUAGUAUCUCAAUGUUUUCCCUGGAUCACUUUACAUAAAAACUAAAAAAUUCUUAAAGUGUACUUUGACCAAUUUAUUUCUAUUUCAUGCAAACACACAUGGUGUAAAAGUUUUAAAUUGUAAAUGUAUAGGCAAAAAAUCAGGAUGAAAUACACAAAAACACAGACAAAGUGGUAGACCUGGAAAAAAUAAAAAGGGCAUUAAUCAUAUCUUUUCACUUAUUUUGUGGUACCUAAGUGUUCAUCAAUAGAAAGACUUUGAUUAUAUAUAGUUUCAGUGUUCAA